ACUAAAGAGCGUAUUCUAUUGAUUACGAUUUACUGUCAGCUGCUGCUGCUGCUGCAGUUUCGAUAAAUAAAAAAUCAAUAUUUUUUGUGUGGAUUUCAAACAUUUACACGAAAUUGAUAGCUACAAAUAAAAUGUCGACUACAGGGGAACAGUUAACCCUAGCUCGGGAUAUUAAAAGAGCUAUAGAAUUGCUAGAAAAGCUACAACAAAGUGGAGAGGUGCCUGCAACUAAACUAGCUGCAUUACAAAAAGUGCUUCAAAGUGAUUUUCUGAAUGCUGUGAGGGAAGUGUAUGAACAUGUUUAUGAAACAGUGGAUAUUCAAGGUUCAGCUGAUAUCCGUGCUUCAGCAACAGCAAAGGCAACAGUGGCUGCGUUUGCCGCAGCUGAAGGCCAUGCCCAUCCAAGAGUUGUAGAACUUCCUAAAACCGAAGAAGGUCUGGGAUUCAACGUUAUGGGUGGUAAAGAGCAAAAUUCACCCAUUUAUAUAUCUAGAAUAAUCCCAGGCGGUGUUGCCGAUCGCCAUGGCGGACUCAAGAGAGGGGAUCAAUUGCUAUCUGUCAAUGGGGUAUCAGUGGAAGGUGAAAACCAUGAAAAAGCUGUGGAAUUGCUGAAACAAGCUGUGGGGUCUGUAAAACUAGUUGUGCGCUAUACACCAAAAGUAUUGGAAGAAAUGGAGAUGAGAUUUGAUAAACAGAGAACAGCUAGACGGCGCACAAAUUUUAACUAGAGCUUGUGCUAGUUGCAUUCAAUAAGUUUACAUAUUAAUGUUAGUGCAUUAACAUUAAUAUUGAGUAUUAUAAUUUUACAAUUAUUGUGUAGGUUGCUAAGUGACACAGAUGUUUAAUUCUUUAUGUAAGGCGAAAAUGGUAUAUAAUGGUAUGAACUUUAUGUGUUAAUAAUAUAUAUAUUGUUAAAAGUAGUGAUAACACUAUUAUUUUAAAAUAAUCAUAUUUUAAAUUAGGAUGUAUCUUGCACUACACCAAUUUCUGUGACCUGCAGUUAUACAUUGAAUAAUUAUGACAGAUAACUGUUCUAGAAUAAAUCUAUCUAUUAAAUAUAGAGUGCAGAAAGAAAAUAGUGUUGUUAAUCUAAUUUAAGUCUUAAUGUAAUUAAUAACUGCUGAAACCUCAAAUCUCAGUGGUUCCCUUUCUGCACAGACCUUGUCUGUGCUGAUUAUAAACAUUUCUAGAAUAAAAAAAUUGACUAUGUUUAAAAUGAAUUCAUAAUAUACUGCAGAUUUGCUUGUGUUCACAUUUCAACCUAUGAAAAAAACAGAUUUCUAGUACCUGGAAGUUUUAAAUGUUUUCUCAAAGUUCUCAACUGUCAAAAUUUAUUUAAAUUUUCUGGUUAGGGUUUGAAGGACCAGGAAACUAGUUUUACUUUCAUAGAACUUAUUAAAAGUAAUAUUAU